GUAAUAAUGCUAAAGUGUGAAAUAAUUUCUGACUCCAGUGCCGCCGUCGGAUCAGAUUGAAAUUCCAUAGCGUAGAUGGCAGCACUAAAAAUAUUUGACAUACCGCGAAUUCCAACCAUCGUGGGCUCGGCUCAAAUGUCAAACGCGACUAUUUCGUCAACAGUAUCGUGGCGCGAUAGUUGGAUUUUAUAAAAUAACAAACAAAUAACAACAGUGUGUUUAUCAAAUCAUGGAUUAAAAAAUAACUUAGUUUAAAAUAAGGUCAACUGACGUUGUACAAGGCGUAACAUAAUAGUUGCUGUGCUAUAACUUACGGAGUUUUGCAAAACGUUUCUUAUUGAUUUUCGUUCUUCAUUGGUGUUGUAUUGUUAUGAAUCUUAUGUUAUCGAGCAAGUCUAGGAUUUAAAGUUUACCAAGGACUCUAGAAUACCUUAGUGAGCAUUGACAGAAAAUUGUUUUCGUCGCAGUAAAUAAAGAUUGAACAUAUAACUUCGUUCAUCUAUUGUUUUGAACGUGGGAAAUUUUAAAUUGAAAAUGGAAAAGGUGGAAUCUGCGUUGGACGUGUUAUCGCGAGCUGCGACGAUGGUGCAACCGUGUCCCGCAUACCCGGCAAGUGAUUCAGACGGCUUCGAAACGCCAAGUACUGCCUCCAGUGGUGAGUCGGAGGGAGACCGUACUGUUUCGCCCGAGACGCCGCGCGAACAGCCUAAAGAACUUACCGGCAAAUGGCGGAGGGAGAGACGCACUCGCCUUCCCGAAUAUAGACCAAGAGAUAGCUGCAAAAUGGCUCUUCGAUCGCAAUCCUUCAAUGAAAAGCGUACCACGCCGAGUAUAGUCCGGACGCGGCACAGCGACGGAGAAUUCUCAGAUGAGGCAGACGACGCACCAGCGAACCUCACACUUCUUGGAAAAGCUCCCCCUGAGUACCCGGGCAAACCGGAGGCUCCGAUAGAUAUGCGUCUGCGCAGUCGCCCAGCACCGCCCUACACCCGCCCUAGUGUUAUUAAGACUAGCGAACCUCCGCCUGAUUCCCUAUCAAUGUGCGAUACAGUUAUAGAAGAACACUUCCGUCGAUCCCUCGGCGACAAUUACAUGAAUCUCAUAAAAAAGAAUACAGAUGGCGCUCAACCGGGUCCCAAACCGAACACAAAGGACCGGGCGAGCAGUCCCAUACAAUUCAAGGCGGACGAACCGAAAACGACGAAAAUAAUCGCCAUGGACGUCGACGACCCCAGCCUUUCAGUAGACGAUCACUUUGCCAAAGCGCUUGGCGACACCUGGCGGCAGUUGCAGACGAAGAAACCGGAGCAAGGCGUCGACGACCACUUCAGCAAAGCCCUCGGCGAUACGUGGAAGAAAAUACAGACGAAACACGAAGAGAAGAAAGAUCAGACGAAAAUUAUUACCAGGAGCGGUGUUGUUAUAUAAAUAUUAAGUAUGAUUUUUGUUGAUAUUUUUUCUAUAAUUUACGCAAAAGUUUUGAUUUUGAUAUUUGUGUCAUUGAUGAGUAUAAAUUAACUUUAGAUACAUUAUUAAUGUUAAAUUUAUGAUACCAUUUCAUCAUUAUUGUAAUGAUUAUUUUACGCAAUUGCUUUUAAUUACAUCAUUGAUCUAUUAAUGAGUUAGAAAAAUUGUUAUCUGUUUGCAUGAUUAGUGUUGAUAUGCUAAUGAAUUUUCGUCAUUAAUAUGGUGAUUUUUGUAAUACUUAACGUAAUUUCAGCAUUAAUGCAUUAAUAAGAUAAAAAUAAUCAUUAUAAUUGCUCGAUUAGUGUGGAUAUGCUAAUCAUCUUUCAUAAGUAAUGUAAUAC